AUGGAUGGAAACCUCUCAGUGUGGUCUUCUUCUCUGGUCUCCGAGUCCUCCUGGGUCAACGUGUCCUCGUCAGCCGUCCCUCCGUCCUGGGAGGCUCCGGCCUUCACCGUGGCGGCCCGCUGCAGGGUGGCGGCCACCAUGGUGCUGUUUGUCUUCGCCGCCGUCAGUAACUUGUCGGUGCUGAUCAGCGUGCGCUGGGGGCGGGGCUAUCGGCUCGCGGCCCACCUGCGGCCGCUCAUCUCCAACCUGGCGUCGGCGGACCUGAUGAUGACCUUCGUGGUGAUGCCUCUGGAUGCCGUGUGGAACAUCACGGUGCAGUGGUACGCCGGAGACGUCCUCUGCAAGCUGCUCUGCUUCCUCAAGCUCUUCGCCAUGCACUCGGCAGCCUUCAUCCUGGUGGUGGUCAGCCUGGACCGCUAUCGCGCCAUCCUCCACCCUCUGGACUCCCUGGACGCCGGGCUGAGGAACCGACGCAUGCUGCUGGUGGCCUGGAUCAUGAGCCUGCUGCUGGCUUCUCCUCAGCUGUUCAUCUUUCGGACCGUUAAGGCUGAGGGAGUGGACUUCACUCAGUGUGUGACUCACGGGAGCUUCCGGUUCCGCUGGCAGGAGACGGCGUACAACAUGUUCCACUUUGUGACGCUCUAUGUCUUCCCGCUGCUUGUCAUGACUUCCUGCUACACCCGCAUCCUCACCAAGAUCAAUGGACAGAUGCACAGAGGCAAAGAUGGGGAGCACUGUCUCCGGCGCAGUGGAACUGACAUGAUUCCCAAAGCUCGAAUGAAGACGCUCAAAAUGACCAUCGUGAUCGUGAGCUCCUUCGUCAUCUGCUGGACUCCGUACUACCUCCUGGGGAUCUGGUACUGGUUCCAACCAGACAUUAUCCAGAGCGUACCGGAGUAUGUGCACCACAUACUGUUUGUGUUCGGGAACCUGAACACGUGCUGCGACCCGGUCAUCUACGGCUUCUACACGCCGUCUUUCCGCGCGGACCUUGCUGACGUGGCGGCCUGCUGCUGGCGCCGGCGGCGGGCCCCCGACGCCUCUCCCCGCUCGGUGGAUCGUCUCUCUGCCAGGUGUGCCGGAGCCGCUGAGGAGAUGGAGUCUGAUCUGAGUUCGAACCCACAGAGCAGGAACCCUUGAC